AUGGCGGCGGUGCCGGAGGAGCGGAUCGCGGAGGAAGGGGGAGGCGGCGGCGGGUCCAUGGCCGCGGGCUCGUCCCAGAGGCUCUCCCCGCCGCCGGCUCCCCCGCCGCCGCCGCCCCUGCUGGGCCCGCAGGCUCUGGCUCCCGCCGCGCUGGCCCUGGACCAGCUGCCUCAGAACAACACACUGGUGGCGCUGCCCAUCGUGGCCAUCGAGAACAUCUUGAGCUUCAUGUCCUACGACGAGAUCAGCCAGCUCCGCCUGGUUUGUAAACGAAUGGAUUUGGUCUGCCAGAGAAUGUUGAAUCAGGGAUUUCUGAAAGUGGAAAGAUACCAUAACCUGUGUCAAAAGCAGGUCAAAGCACAACUUCCAAGGCGAGAAUCAGAAAGGAGAAACCAUUCAUUAGCACGUCAUGCAGACAUUCUUGCCGCAGUAGAAACAAGACUCUCACUUUUAAAUAUGACUUUCAUGAAAUAUGUGGAUUCCAAUCUGUGUUGCUUCAUUCCUGGAAAGGUAAUUGAUGAAAUUUAUCGUGUGCUGAGAUAUGUAAAUUCUACCAGAGCCCCACAACGAGCUCAUGAAGUGCUUCAAGAGUUAAGGGACAUUUCUUCCAUGGCAAUGGAAUAUUUUGAUGAGAAGAUUGUUCCAAUUCUCAAGAGGAAGUUGCCAGGAUCGGAUGUGUCAGGACGACUCAUAGGAUCUCCCCCAGUGCCAGGCCCUUCAGCAGCCCUGACAACAAUGCAGCUGUUCUCCAAGCAAAACCCUUCGAGACAGGAGGUCACCAAACUCCAGCAGCAGGUCAAAACAAAUGGGGCUGCUGUGACUGUUCUCAGGCGUGAAAUGUCCGAGCUGCGCACCAAAGUGCAGGAACAGCAGAAACAGCUCCAAGACCAAGACCAGAAACUGCUAGAGCAAACCCAAAUCAUAGGUGAACAGAAUGCACGGUUGGCAGAGCUUGAACGCAAACUCCGAGAGGUCAUGGAAAGUGCAGUGGGAAGUUCCUCAGGGUCUGGGCAGAACGAGGAGUCUCCGCGGAAACGGAGGAAGGCAGUGGAAGCCAUAGACUCUCUUAGGAAAUCCAAACGCCUCCGAAAUCGAAAAUAACUGGGGAUUGAGCUACUGCUGCAGAAGCUGACCUGGUUUAGUAGGCCAAGCAGAUGUGCUGACUUGGAUACUGUGAUUAGCAGCUGAGUGUCUUUAGGCUGCCUUGUUUUCAGAACACCAGUUUGACUUGAACAGUUCCUCUCUCACCGUUGAGAUGUUCGUUCUUUUCCCGCUUCCGUGUGGGUGGGCCCGAUGCACAGAAUCUCUUUAAUUUGCAAUAGAUUUGUACUAACCAGACGCGCUCUACCGUUUUGAGGAGUUAAUCUUUUUUUCUGUGCAGCUGUGUUUAAGUAAAUUUAUUUGUGUUUCUGCAUAUAUGCACAUUAAAUAAGGAUCUUGAAUAAACCAAGUUUUGACUAGAGGUUAAACUUACAUACCGAAAACUCCUGUUCACUUGAAAGAAAAGACCUACUUUUUAAGUGGACGCUGUCUUGUAUAAAAGUCAGCUUUUGGUUACAAGUGACCUUUGUCUGGAAUGUCCAAAAAGUAGUUAAUACUUUUUGGUAUUGAAGUUAUGGGGAACUGAGAAGGACUUCCUACGCUACAGUAUUGGCUAUAUAUUUUUGUAGACUACUGGCAAGGGGACUUAUCCAGUUGUUGUUAUAUAUACAUAAACACCAAUUUCAGUUCUCUGCUGUUGGAACCAUGUCCUACAUUUGCAUGGCUAGAUGCAUGCACUGCCUCGUCAGCUCGCUUAAGAGCUCUUGCACUGGUAUUGAUUGAUCUUGACCGUCUAAACUUGCCCACUCUUUUGAGUAGCUUCUAAGUUACUUAAAUCCCCACACAGUAGCUACUCACCACCCAGCAGAUCGGUUAGUUCAUUUGACCUCAAGUUAUAAGGGGUGAAGAAGGUUUUGAACCUGGUUUGGCACCAUUUGCUGCUCCUAGGCUGAGGCACAACCGAAAUUCUGAGGCAGUUUCUGCUCAUGUUGGGCCUCUGGUUCCUAGUACUGUCCUGUUAUUCUGCUGUGUCAGCCCAUGGGUCAAGCCAAGGAGUGGGCACUCCUUAAUUUGUGGCUCUGUGUCAUCAGUGAAGCCGAGCCCACGUGGGCAACUUGUCUGACAAAAGACAUCUAAAACCAUUUCAUGUUGGGGAUGGAGCAGGGAGGUUUUUAGUACUAAUAACUAUAUUCUAGCUUUCCUUAUUCUAAAACGUUUUAAUCACCUUUAAACAAGAGCUUUAAUUUCUUUUGCACUCCUGUUUUGAGCUUGUAACUGGAAAAGCAUGUCUUGCACUGUUCAGUCUUCUGAUUGGUCACUUUAACAACCUCUAAGUUGUUGUUGUACAGUGAUUACUUUUCCCAUUUGUAUAUUUUUAAAUCCUGAUAAUAGACCUCACUGUUCGUGUUUUAAUUUAAUGUACUAAACUAUGUAGCUCUCAUUUGACUGUUAAUUUUAAUUUUUUUUUUGAGCAACUGUGGCCUUGGGCUUCAUUGGAAUUAAAGUAAAUUUAGGUGUAGCAUGGAAAACUUUGAUUUCCUGGUGAAAGUUCUCUAAAAUUUCAAGGCUUUGGUAAGCUAAUCCUUUCUGCAUCAUUCCAAUGUAACGUGCUUACACUUCAUGCAAUUUCCUAACACAUCCAAAAGUUGCCCUGUCCAUUUACGUCUGAUCUUUGAAAACCUCCUAUGUGAAAAUCGGUUUGCCUUGAAACAUCAGUAUUAGUAUUUAAUACUCUUCUUUGAGGGAAGGGAUGGAAGAGUUUAUUUCAAAAUUAGCUAGGAAAUUAAGUUUCCCAAAACAUCUUUGCCAAGGAGUUAGUUCAUCAAAAUUCAGAUUCCAACUUAUUUUCCCACUAACAGAUCUCAUUUUUGCUAUCUCUAGAAAUGAUCUGUUCCUUCAUAGUGUGAAGAAGGCUCCUUCGGAUUACCUAAUGGUCAUUAUUAACAACUGCUUGCCUGGAAUCUUAGAGACUUCAUUUUGAGUAACAGAGUACAGAUUACUAGUUUAACAGGGGUAAACAGUAUGCAUCGUCACACACACUUUCUGUUCAUUUACAGGUGUAUUCUUUUAUUCAACAUGAACAUAGGUGACUUUAAUUGCAAAGGAUCUGGGCAAAACACUAUUAUUGUGACUAAUGUGAAAGUACACUUGCUCCAUUUUAAGUCUUUACAGGGUGCUUUAUUUUUUCUAAAUCCUCUUGUUUUUCAUGAUAAUCUAAACAGGACAAUCUAAAUUGUUCAAGCAUAACAAUCUCCCAAUGGAGGACAAAAAGUUGCUAUAGUAAGCAAUCAGGAAGUGUUUAUGGGGCGAAGAGAGGAUGUCUUUGGGUCUGUGUUCCACAGAUCAUAAUUGCUACAGUAAAACACAUGUAAUCCUGCCUCAAACCAAUUUACCACUUUAUACCUUUAUCCCUGCUAUGUUUUCUUGGCAGGAGGUACUGUUGACCUUAGGAGCAAUUGGAAUUUAUUUUACACAAUAGAACCAAACCCUAACAAAAGUCAUUUUGUUUAAAUUGGUGAAGAACAGUUUAUAUAAAACAGGCUUUCUUGGCUAAGGCUGUUUAAAGCACAUACUAGAAUAACUGAGACGGGAGCUUUUUUGGGUCAGGCUGGGCAUUUCCAACCUCUCCUGAGCUUCUUAAAUGACACGUUCCCACCACUUUAUUUUAGGUUGCAGUGUACACUUUAUAUGAUUCAUCUAAGUAUUAAUUUAGCCAUAAAAUGUAAUGGUUUUUUUUUAAUCUUUGAAAUACUAGGAAAUUGUCAGGCCAAAUAACCGUGACAUCACCAAGUUAAAUAUGAUGACACUUGACUGCAGUAUAGCUAAAUAAGCUCUCCCAUGGCAAGUCCAGACUAGAUACAGGGAGAGUGUUGGUUUUAUGUGUACAGAGGCAGCUCAAUUUUAUCCAGUUCUAACUGAACAAUUAUGGUUGUCAUGAAUUAAAACAUAGUCCAAGUAACUUAAAGAAAAAAUGAACUUGGAUGAGACUACUGAAUUUCAGACACAUACAGUCCUUGCCCAUCAGACUUUUUCUGGAUGGACUGGAACUAACGUGAUCAGAAUGUACUAAGUUGUCAGUAGAUGGUCAAAGACAACAAAAGAAAUGAAUCUUUACACCGUGCCCGUUAUCUUGAGUGUGUUUUUUUUUUCCAAAGGAGACUACUUCAUGUUGAGACUGGCCAUUAUAUUGGGAGAUGAUGGCCACCAGUUUCUGUGGUUCAGCAUAGAAUUGGCCUGGCACAGGAAAGGUAUAUGUAUUUGCUUCUAAGAAAAAUAUUUCAGUUUAGGAACUGAGCUCCCAUGUGGCCAUUAUUCCCAUACUACCCUCUGGUGGACUUCCUGUGGUGAAGCAAUGUUUUUCUGUUAAAUCACUUAAGCUUUUUACUAGAGUUGUUACAAGGAUUGGCUACUAGGUUUAAAAAUAGUAUAUAGGCUAUUAGUUUAUCCAAAUUUAAUAAUCUCUAUUCAAAUGCAGUGAGCUAAAAUAUAUAGUAUAAGUGUGGCAUCUGAUUUGAGCAGUUGGAUUAUUUUUUGUCUAAAAUUACAAAGGGCAAGUAAAUAGAAAGGGAUUUGAAUGCAAUAAAUAUUGCAUUCCUUGAGGCAUAUAAUCAACAAAAUGGCACCUUGAAACAAAUGCUUUGUUCAAUAAUCCAGGCCACUUUAGAACCCGAAUUCUUGAUUUAGGCUUCUUUAAAGAAGAAAGCCAACCAGCUAACCGCUCAACCCUCCACUUGAACUACACACCACGCAGGCACUCAGUUCCAUUUAUCCUGGAUAGGCAAGGUUUUGCUGUACCAUUCAGUCAUUUGAGCAGGUAUUUCAUUUUUGAUGCAUCUAAAACUAUUUCAAUUUGGGAAGUCACUUGGAAGUUUGUGCCUGAAUACUGAGGUCCAGCAAAGUUUCUAGUUUUGUAAAGAAUCAUCCUUUAGGGUUGGGGGAGCAGGGAGGAAAUGGGGGAAGAGAGAAAGGGUCAGCCUAACUUGCUUUCAAGUGUAUUAAGUGGAGAAAUGGUGAGACAUUACCCUAGGAAACUAUCAAUGGCCAUGGACAGACUACAGUUCAUCUUGCCUAGGAAAAGAUUUUCUUGGCAGUAGAAAUCUAAAUAAUUGUUGAAAUGGGCUGGGUGCUAUUUACAGUGGAGGCUUAAAACAUGUUAAAUAUUUGAAAAUUGGCCCUUUCCUGCCGAACACAUGAAAAAAAUACAUAUGUUAUCCUGAAAGGGAAGAGCAGGUGGAGGAAGAAAUGAGAAUAAAAUCCAUGAUGAAAGGGUUUUAACAGAAAGUGUAAAAUUCUGGAAGUAUACUGGCAUGGGUGUUUUGUUUUUUUGUUUGUUUUUUUUUUUUGGAUGGUGGUUCUGUUUUGCAGAAUUUGACAUCUAUUCAAAUUAGUACCAAACAGGAAUAUAAAAUUCCUUCAUGUGGUACUAAGCCUGUUUACCUAUGCUCUGUGAGCUAUAACGAACUUAAGUUGUACUUUCUGGUGUCUUAAAUGCAGAUAAACAUGUUGCAGUCAUUGGAAAGUGAAAUGCAUUUCCCAGUCAUGUCAGGGUACUUAAAUGUGUUAUUACCAGUAAUACUCGCAUUUUUUGUAUUUCAUGAAAAAGGGAAAGUGAAGAUGCAUUUGUUAAAUGGAUUCUAUGUAGAAAGUUUACAUCUUUUGCAUAUACAAAUUUAGUGUUAAACAUAAGUUUCCAGUAAGUUGAAUAAAUUCACAUUGAAAGAUUAA